AUGUCCACCAUCUCCUCCCCCCGCAACCCCCCCGCGCCCCUCCGCCGCACCCCCUCCGGCACACCGACAUCCUCCGCCCGGCCCUCGUUCGACGUCUCCCGCUCCGCAGUCACCUCCCCCGUGCUCUCCGCCUCCCAGCCCUCAACAACAUCAGCAACAGCAGCAGCAACAACAACAGGCUCCUCCAAGCGCUCCAACAACCGCGCCGCUCUCCGCGAAUACUACAACCUCCGCGCCGCCGCCGCCGCCACGUCCGCCUCGACGCCAUCGACGCCGCGCAUCGUCGAGGUGCCCGACUCAGAGGUCCCCGCGAGCGAGAUUGACGCGCCGGACUUCAACCUCGAUGACUACCUACAAAAGAUUGUGGCGGAGAGCAGCUUGCAGGAGCUGCUGAAGCUGUAUACGAGGGUGCUGGGCGAAGUCAGAGCUCUGGAUGCGGAGAAGAAGGCCCUUGUGUACGACAACUACAGCAAGCUCAUUACCGCGACGGAGACGAUUCGCAAAAUGCGAGCAAAUAUGGACCCCUUGAACCCCAUGGCCACGACGCUCGAUCCGGCCAUUGCGCACAUCUACAGCCAGGCUUCCGCCAUACAGGAGUCUUUGCGGAAAUCAGUUCCCGCUCCAGAUUCAGACGAGGGCAAAGCCCGGGAAGCGCAACAGCGACGCCAACGCACCAGGCAGCUGGCAAUUGAGGUGCUGGCGACACCGGAGCGGCUGCAGGCUCUUGUCAAGGAGGGGAGAUAUGAAGAGGCGAGGAGACAGUGGGAGAUGCCCAGGAAGCUGCUGGAGGUCUGGAAACAAAAGGGACUGGGCGGAGACGACGUGCAGGCGUGCAUCGACCAAGGCGACGCAGCCAUUGCCCUGACGCGAAGCAGGUCACCGGCACCUGAAGCCGCGAGGAACGGGCGAUACGGCGCAUUGGCCUCACCGACACCGCAUGCCAUGAAGCAAUGA